CCCAUGGUGACACGCGAAGAGGAAAACGACAAAGAGCACCGGCACCGAGCGAGGUGGGGCCCGGGCCGAGGCGACGCUCCAGCGCGAAAUGCCUUGCAGGGAGACCCGCCGCCGUCCAGAGACGUGACCCCUCGAAUACCGCCCCCUUCCCUGGCCCAAGCAUGAGCGACAGCCCCGACGAGGACAGCGCCGAGGGGCACGAGUUCGACAGCAGCCCCAGGUGGAGAGAUGAACCUAACGCCGAGGAUGCACCCAGCCUGCAAAAGCUUUACGAGCGUGACUCCAGCAGUGACAGCGAUAAGCCUGCGCAUGGGCAUCGUCGGGAUCAAAGGCCGGGCCAAAGUUCGAAAGACCUCAAAGGGAAUCCAGAAGUGGCUCAGGCCAUCUGCAUCGCCGCGGUGGGGCUGGCGGCUCUGCUGGGCGUCGUCAUGUUCUUCCACACCAGGGCACCGCCUCCCAGGCGAGUGGCGCUGCGGAAGAUCCACGCCGAGGUAUCGGACGACCGCGACGAACCGCGGCCCAGGCGCGGCCACGGCCGGGCCUCGGGCGGACGAUUCGACCGGCGAGAGGAACCUCACGACGAAACGGAGAUGCCACUGCUGCCCGUGAUUAAGAUGCCCGGCAGGCCCAAGAGCGAAGGGCGCAGACGGAACGCCGAGAUGGACGCCAUCACAGAUGACCUGGACGCAAUGGGGAAGACGACUGCUGCUCCGGAAGCAACCAUCAGGGGCAAGGAAGUGGUGCCGCCGGCUCCACCCAGCCCUGAACAUGGCAAGCCCGGACCUUCGGACUUCGACAAGCCACCGCUGUCAAACGGCCGAAACGUGGCCACUCUCCCGGCUGUGGCUAUUGGUUCCGCCCCCCUAAUCUGCGUAACCGGUAGCCACGCACGGCUACCGCUUCUUCCCGUGGACGGAGUCUGCGACUUGGCCAUCUUUCGGGACGUCAUCUUCGGCGACAACGAAUGGGUCUCGGCGAGCAGCCGCGGCAAGCUGGACACGUACCUGCAGGAGGCCGAGAAGUCGACGAGCACCACGUUCCUCCUCUCGUUCCCGGCCAAGAUGCGCCGCGAGCUGGUGCCGUUCCUCUCCUCGCCGGCGGCCGUCGAGCUCAUUCGCAGCUACGCGUCGCGUGGUAUCCGCGGCUACGGAUUUGCGCGCGCCGAGAUUGCCGCCGAGCACCUGCACAAUGUGACUGCCGAUUACAGCACGGUGCUCAAGCUCCUGAACAGCGCCAUGAAGUCAGCCGUCCCUACCUCUGGCGUCUCGUUCAUUGGCGUCUUUCUCAGAGCUAUUAAGAACGCAAAGGGAGCUAUGCUGCCUUUUCCGACUGGGAUCGCGAGCAACGUCAACCUGUUCAUCGCUAUCUCCCACACGCCCGUGCUGCCGCCUAACGAAUGCAAGGUGGAGCCGACCAGCUCCUGGACCCACGAGCACAUCAAUGACUUUAGCCUACCAUCCCUUAGCGGAACGUUGGAAAUGCUGCGUGACGGUCGUAAUGUGAGUGCGACAUUCGCCAUGUCGCUAACCCUGGGCGUCUUGGACUACCGCGUGUCGACGGCAGGCAUGGCGGGCAUCGACGGAACUUGGAACAUCGCCUGCUCGCACAGCGAGCUCGCACCCUACGAGCAGACGUGUCGCAACCCCCUGACCCGGGGCACGGUGGGGGCGGACGACUUGAUCGUCUACGACUUCAGCAAGAAGACCAAGACGUGGCGCUCGUUCGAAAGCAUCGAAAGCGUCAUGGCCAAGAUACGCAAGUGCUACCAGUUGAUGCGCACGGCGGGCUUCGCCACAUUCGGCUGGGCCAUGUACGACGUCGACCUGGAGGACCACAGCACCGCAUGCGUGUCCAAGGCUCACAACGAGCCCAGCGUCAACCGGAUCGUGCAGGCCAAGCAGUUGUUAAAGAGCAUGGCAGCCAGCAACGCGCCGGCCGCCUGACGCUUAACAGGCGCGGAACACCUGGAGGCCGUACUUUCGUUUUGCGGAAGCUGUAGAAAGUAUAUCUUAUCGCAGGAACUCAAUCGUGCAGGUUCAUAAUCUGUGUGCGCGUGUUGCCCACGCCACGCGGCAUUGGGGAGACGAAGCAAUAAGCUGGUCUAACAUAACGAUUCCA